AUGAGUUCAAUGACAGAACGCGCCAUUCCGGCUGGGAGUCUUGUCGUCGUAAGCGGAGCGAACGGUUUCAUCGCAAGCCAUGUUGUUGAUCAGCUUCUGCUGGCUGGCUAUCGUGUCAGGGGCACCGUCCGUGAUGCAAAGAAGUCUGCAUGGUUAAUUGAAUAUUUUGGAGCUAAAUAUGGUCCCGGCAAGUUCGAGCUGAUUGAGGUGCCGGAAAUGGCCGCGGAUGGAGCUUUCGACGAAGCGGUAAAAGGUGCCUCUGGAUUCAUUCACACGGCAACACCAGUCAUGGUGUCGUACGAUCCAAAUGAAGGCAUUCCGAUCGUGGUAAACGGCACUGUGAACGCGCUCAGGGCUGCAGCUAGUGAGCCCUCAAUCAAGCGCUUUGUCCUGACUUCGUCCUCCACUGCUGCGAUCAGUCCGAAGCCAAACAUUGAAUUCAGCGCCGAUGAAUCAACUUGGAAUGACGAAGCGGUAAAAGCAGCCUGGGCUCCUCCCCCCUAUGAAGGCGAACAGAGGAAACUCGAUGUGUACUCGGCUAGUAAAACACAGGGCGAGCAAGCUGCUUGGAAGUUCAUGAAAGAGGAAAAGCCUGGCUUUGUUUUGAACACCGUCCUCCCGAACUGCAAUAUGGGUCUGGUGCUCUCACCCGAGCAUCAAGGGGCACCAAGCACAGUCGGCUGGCUCAAGGCCCUCUGGAAUGAGUUCAAAGGGCAAGAGAAACUCAAAUUCAACCCCCCGCAGUACUAUGUGAACGUCCAAGACACAGCCCGCGUUCACGUUGGGGCUUUGAUAUUUAUGGACGUCCAAGAGGAGCGCUUGUACGACUUCGCCUACCCAUUCAAUUGGAAUGAUAUCCUUGCCAUAUACAGGAAACUGUAUCCUGAACACAAGUUCAUGGAUGAUAUCCCUGAUCUCGGCAGGGAUCUCAGCAAGGUCACAAACGAAAGGGCGGAGGAAAUUGUGAAGCGAUUUGGAAGACCCGGAUGGGCGAGCUUGGAGGACAGCGUGGCCGAUGCCGCGAAGGGUUGGGCUUGA